AUGGAUGCAGCGAUGUCGAGUGGCGUAGAAGCCACCGCCAGAAUCGUCCAACGGGCCACCCCCAAACCUCCAACGGCGCCACCAGGGAGCCACACAGACACCAAUGGCAGCUCCAACAACUCAAGAGGGGACACCAGGGAGCUUAAGAAGGCCCUUCUCAGGAAGUAUCGCCAUACGGUAGCCGUGCAUAAGGAGACGAGGCCUUCAACCUUGAGCCACGAUGCCACUCAGACGCCGAGCUUUAUCGGGUUUAGAAACCUCGGGCUCAUCGUCCUCAUCGCGGGCAACUUUCGGUUGUUGAUCGAGAACAUACAGAAGUACGGGGUGCUCAUCUGCAUCAGGUGUCAUGAUUUCCGCAGGCAGGACUACCAGGUUGGCCUCGUGCUCUACACCCUGGUGCCCUGCUGCCUCCUGGUCGCGUACCUGAUCGAGCUCUUCGCGGCGUACGAGGCACGCACCUCCCGUCUACGGGCCUUCAACCGUGAGAAGAAGGACGGGAGCUCGUCACCGACCCUGGAGGAGCAGGCUCGCUUCCGGACGACCUGGUACAUCAUCAUGGCCCUGCACUUCGCCAACAUCUCCGCCGCUCUGGUCGUGACCUCGCUCGUGGUCUACUACUACGUGAACCACCCACUCAUUGGAACCCUAGUCGAGAUGCAUGCCAUCAUCGUCUGGCUCAAGACGGCCUCCUACGCGCUGACGAAUAGGGACUUCAGGCACGCGUACCUGCACCCCCAGACCGGCGAGCUCGAGGCCAUCCCCGAGCUGUACAAGUCGUGCACGUAUCCAGAGAACAUCACUUUUGGUAAUCUGUGUUACUUCUGGUGGGCCCCCACGCUCGUUUAUCAGCCCGUCUACCCUCGGACGGACAAGAUUCGGUGGUUAUUUGUGCUUAAGCGUUCGGCAGAGGUGGUAGCCUUGUGUGUUGCGAUGUGGUUACUGAGCGCACAGUACGCAGCCCCUACGCUUCAGAACUCACUGAAGGCGCUAGAAGACUGGGAUGUGGCUGCAAUGUUGGAGAGGACUCUAAAACUGUCGACCAUUUCCCUCGUGAUAUGGCUGGCGGGUUUUUUCGCCUUGUUUCAAUCCUUCCUGAAUGCGCUGGCAGAAGUCACGAGAUUUGGUGAUCGAUCAUUCUAUGACGACUGGUGGAAUAGCGACAGCCUGGGAACGUACUGGCGGACCUGGAACAAGCCGGUGACGAGCUACUUCAGGAGGCACGUCUUCCAGCCGCUCAUGGGGAGGGGAUGGCCGUACAAUUUUGCUGCGAUAGUGGUCUUUACGAUAUCGGCCUUUCUGCAUGAACUGGCUGUCGGAAUCCCCACUCACAAUAUCAUCGGCGUUGCCUUCGUGGGAAUGCUGUUUCAGCUUCCUCUUAUUGCGCUAACCAGGCAAUUCGAGAAGGCUGAGUCGCCUACCAAGAAGAUGAUCGGAAACUGUAUAUUCUGGGUCACUUUCACGACAUUUGGGCAGCCCUUUGCCGCCCUGUGCUAUUUCUAUGCUUGGCAGAUCAAGUACGGGAGCAUCAGCGAGAAGUGGAAUCAUAACAGGGCAUAG